AUGGGGAACACUGGAUUUUGGAUUGACAGUAUUAUCGAAAAGCGUCAAAUCUUACCAACACAUGCCGAUUUCUAUAACAACUCUGAACUUCGUACGCAAUUAUGUCCACUCAUUUGGAAUAGUGAAAAACAGACGAACAAACUGAUUUGUGGUGGCUUUAUCAAGAGUCAUCUAACAGCAAAAUUUUUUGAAUUAUUGAUCGAAAAAAACUUUCCUGGAUAUGGAGAUAUUUCUGAUCAACUACGUAAUACUAUUCUUGUUAGCUUAGUCGAAGCUGGUGCUAAUACGGAAGAGAUCUUAGUAUUUGAACAACUUAUGGAUGAUGACUUUAUUAGUAUACUGAAACAUUAUAAUUUAUUCUUUGGUGAAUCAAAACAGUAUGCCAUAAUACAAACGGGCACAGAUUCAGAAGAAGAAAAGAAAUUUGGAGACUUUACAUAUGAUGUUGUUUUAACUUUAGAUGAUUUGGGAAAAGCAUUAGGAGUAACAACAUCAUGGAUGGUUGAACUUGAUGAUUUAAUUCAAAGUAAAGUCGAAGAAAAACUUGGACUUCACACUUAUCAAGGAUCAAACAAGCCACGACCAUUUCGCCUAUGGAUCGUGUUCAACGCUCGUGGACAAAGGUUUCAAGUUGUCAAAGGUAUUACUGCUGAGAUAUUACGUGAACUUAUAACUGUCAAAGCUAAUGCUCCUUCACAAGCCUGUGCACUUGCACGCGCUCAUCUUCAGAACGCCUUUUCAAUGUGUAAUCCAGAUGGUACGGAUCCUCGACCGAUUGAUUUCGAUAGAUUUCAGGGAGCAUUUACACCCGAAUUUUAUCCACGUCGUUUUUCGUUGAAAGAUUCAAUUUAUUCUCAACGGCUCGACGUACUUGCCGCAUUACUCGUUCAUGUUCUCCGACGAUAUCAAUGUUGUUUACCUCCUGUUCGAUAUUGUGAACUGUCUGUGGGUCUUAGAGAUAUAUGUAGUCCGUGGGUGUUUGACGUACUUUGCAGUUUUCCCGCUUAUGAUCCGAUCGCAAACGAAGAGCCACUAUUACAAAGCAAUUUUUUCGCUAUGAUUGUUCAGGAAGGUUGUUUUCCUCAUCUGCGUAGUGCAUGUUUAAGUACAAAACAUAAAUUUCCAUGUGUACCAAACGUCACAUACAAAUUUCUAGCUGGAUUCAAUCGGCAAAGUGUGAAAGCGCAUCGUCUAGUCAAUCAAAUCGAAGCAAUCAGUUUGCUUAAUGAUUCUCCAAAUGUGGCCAUUCAUUACAUGCUUCAAGAAAUUGUACAAAGUGAGAAAGACCAAACACAAGAAGAGCAAGGCAAAUCACUCCCUGAAAAUAAUCAGGUUUGUAAAUUUUAA